UGCAGGUCGCAGGAGGACGACAGCGUGGUGGUGAUCAACCCGGCGACGGGUCAGCUGCUCAACCUGGAGAACGAUCGCGAGGAGGACGCCGUCAACCUCGACACCGACGUCUUUGCCGAGAACUCCAGCGUGCAGUUCAGAUACGACCUGCUCGACUGCCGCAUCGACAUCUGCUCGCCCGAGGUGCUGUCCGUGUGCGCCGACAACUUUGACUACAACGACCUCCGGCAGGACUUCAUCCGCGGCGUGGUCGUGGACGAGGUCUACAAGUACAAGAUCUUCACCCACAUCAUCUCCACUGAGUACGCCGCGCGCGUCAACAUCCUCCGCACCUACGACUCCGUGAGCAAGGACAUCAUUCACAGGUGGGCUUACCCGAUGGUGCCGGAUUGCAACUUUAUGGGCACCACGUCGUACAAGUAUCUCCGCGGCAACAUAUACCAGGAGGAGGGCAUCAAGCUCGCCCGCUCCGCCACGCUCGGUCGCGACACCGUCAUCGGCCAGGGUACCGAGGUUGGCAACAACACAUUCAUCUCGCACUCGGUGAUCGGACGCAACUGCAAGAUCGGAGCCAACGUGAAGAUCGUGGGCUCCUACAUCUGGAACGGCGCCACCGUGGCCGACGGCGCUACGAUCUCCUACUCCAUCGUCUGCAAUGAGGCGCGCAUCAUGGCCGGCGCGGUCGUCGACAAGGCCAGCCUCGUCUCCUUCCGAGCUGUGGUCGGCACGGGUGCGCGCGUGGGUCCGUGCGCCAAGAUCGCGCUGGAGCCGGAGGAGGAGAACGACGAGGUGGAGUUUGAGGAGGUGGCCCUCGGGCCCAACGGCGCCGGCGUCCGCUGGAUCGAGACCGAUCCCCUCAACCAGCUCCUGGUGGAGGAGGAGGAGCGGGACGACAGCGACACGAACUCUGAGUUUGAUGACGCGACGGACAGCGAGGGGAGCGAUAUGGAGGAGCCCGGCCUCGACACGUUCGACGGCGAGGAGGAGAGGUGGGUGUCGGAGGUGGAGGCCACAGUCGAGAGGGCCGUGGAGGAGAACCACGCCAUCGACAACCUCAGGCUCGAACUCAAGACCCUCAAGUUCACCUUCGAACACCGCACCUUCUCCGAGAUGGCGUGCAUUGCGCUUCGCACGCUGAUCAACAUCGCGGUGUCGAGCAACCCCAAGCCGGUGCCCGCCAUGGCCCAGCUCGUCGGCAAGUGGGCGCCGCUGAUGAACGGCUACGUCGUGUCCGUCGACGAGCAGGUCGCGCUGCUCAACACUCUCUUGAAAUACUGCGAGGAGUACCCAGCAGCGGAGCCGGGCUUCAUGCACGUCAUCAACGGUCUCUACAACUUGGACAUCAUCGAAGAGGAGUCGGUGUGGGCGUGGCAGCGCAGCUUGCCCCAGACGGACGGCCCGCACAAGAAGAUCCUCCAAGCGUGCGAGCCCUUCUUCAAGUGGCUCAAGGAAGCGGAGGAAGAAGAUGAAGACGACGAUGAUGAAGAUGACGAGGAGGAUAGCGACUAA